AUGGUGUCCCCUGCUAUUGCUCUGGCCUUCAUUCCUCUUCUGCUGACAGUGUUAAUCAAAUACCGCUACUUCUUUGUGUUGUUCUAUCGAGCCAUUCUGGUCAGGAUAUGGAAGGACUGUACUACUGGUUUGAGCCGAGAGGAGCGCGCCUACCAGUAUGUUCUCACUCAUUGCACUCUUGGAGACCCUGACAGCAUACUGGAUGCUUUUGAUAUUUGGUGCAGUAAUGUGGAGUUCAUCAGCAACAUUGGGCCUAAAAAAGGAAAAAUCCUGGACCGGCUGCUGAUGGAGCAGAGCCCUCUGACAGUAUUAGAGCUGGGGGCUCAUUGUGGAUACAGCACUGUGAGAAUAGCCCGGUCUUUGCCUCUGGGGGCCAGGCUCUACAGCGUGGAGAUGGAUCAGAGAAAUGCUGCCAUCACAGAGAAAAUCAUCCGCAUGGCAGGUUUUGAUGACAGCACGGUGGAGCUUAUUGUGAAUCCAUCUGAUGAGGUGAUCCCUCGGCUGAGAUCCGACUACAGCUUGGAGAAGUUGGAUUUAGUCUUUAUGGACCACUGGAAGAAAUGCUACCUGCCUGACCUGCAGCUGCUGGAGGACAGUGGUCUGCUGGGAAAAGGCUCUAUGGUUCUGGCUGACAACGUGCUGUUUCCUGGGGCUCCAAAGUUCCUCCGAUACCUGCGCAAGUGUGGCCUGUACGAGUGGAAGAUCCACCGAGCAACACUGGAGUACAGCAGGGGCAUCAGGGAUGGGAUGGCAGAGCUGAUUUAUCAGGGAAUUAAAUAA